UGAACUACGGUUGCAGAGAAUGGAACAACCCUACCCCUUUUGAAAAGUUUGGCUGGGGUGGGAGUGGGGGCGGAGCCGGGCAGGGGGCGGAUUCCGCGGCGGCAACUCCCCGGACGCACGCUGGCCUCAGAGCCCCCCAGCUUCCGUGCCCCCUCGGCUCUCUGAAACUUGGAGGAGGGUAGGGGUCCAGCAUGAAGCCCCCGGACCGCCCCGCCCCUGGCCGCACUGACCGGAUACUGGGGGUCAUGGGGGGCAUGCUGCGCGCAUGCGCCCUACCCGGGCAGGAGGGGCCCCCGAAGAGAAGCCCCCUAGGGCUGGGGGGGACCGAGCCAGAAUCUAACUGUAUGGAGGGGAAUCAGAGAGGGGAGCGCGAACGCGAGGUCCCCGCCUGGGCUCCGCUGCCCGAAUCCUAUUCCAUUGCCGGCAGUGAGGGGAGUAUCUCGGCUUCAGCUGCCUCGGGUCUGGCUGCUCCCUCUGGCCCCAGCUCUGGCCUCAGCUCUGGCCCCUGUUCCCCGGGACCCCCAGGGCCAGUCAGUGGCCUGAGAAGAUGGUUGGAUCAUUCUAAACAUUGUCUCGGUGUGGAAACUGAGGCAGAAGGUGGCCAGGCUGGACCAUAUGAGAACUGGAUGCUGGAACCAGCUUUAGCCACAGGAGAGGAGCUGCCAGAACUGACCCUGCUGACCACAUUGUUGGGGGGCCCUGGGGAUAAGACGCAGCCACCUGAAGAGGAGACUUUGUCCCAAGCCCCUGAGAAUGAAGAGGACCAGAAGAAGGCUCUGGAAAGGAGUAUGUACGUCCUGAGUGAACUGGUAGAGACAGAGAAAAUGUACGUGGACGACUUGGGGCAGAUUGUAGAGGGUUACAUGGCCACCAUGGCUGCUCAGGGGGUACCCGAGAAUCUUCGAGGUCGUGACAGGAUUGUGUUUGGGAACAUCCAGCAAAUCUACGAGUGGCAUCGAGACUAUUUCCUGCAGGAGUUACAGCGGUGUUUGAAGGAUCCUGAUUGGCUGGCUCAGCUAUUCAUCAAACAUGAGCGCCGCCUGCAUAUGUACGUGGUGUACUGUCAGAAUAAGCCCAAGUCAGAGCAUGUGGUGUCAGAAUUUGGGGACAGCUAUUUUGAGGAGCUCCGGCAGCAGCUGGGCCACCGCCUGCAGCUCAACGACCUCCUCAUCAAACCAGUGCAGAGGAUCAUGAAAUACCAGCUGCUGCUCAAGGAUUUUCUCAAGUAUUAUAGUAGAGCUGGGAUGGAUACUGAAGAGCUGGAGCAAGCUGUGGAGGUCAUGUGCUUCGUACCCAAGCGCUGUAAUGACAUGAUGACCCUGGGGAGACUGCGGGGGUUUGAGGUACAGGGAUGGAGCAAUGCUCUUCUGCCCCAGGCUGAGCACUCAGGAGAUCCUUACAGGGAACUGUGCUCUCCUGGGGCUGACAGGAGACGGUUGGUUGGGAGCGUCAGGGGAAGGAGGGAGGAGCAGAGAGUUGCCCCUUUUCUCUUAUUGUUUUUCUCAAAGGCCACUCUCCUUUGGUUUCAGGGCAAAUUGACUGCUCAGGGGAAGCUCUUGGGCCAGGACACGUUCUGGGUCACAGAGCCCGAGGCUGGGGGGCUGCUCUCUUCUCGGGGUCGAGAGAGACAUGUCUUCCUCUUUGAGCAAAUCAUCAUCUUCAGCGAGGCCCUGGGAGGAGGAGUGAGAGGUGGAACGCAGCCUGGAUAUGUGUACAAAAGCAGCAUCAAGGUGAGCUGCCUGGGCCUGGAGGGGAACCUCCAAGGUGACCCUUGCCGCUUUGCACUGACCUCCAGAGGGCCAGAGGGUGGGAUCCAGCGCUAUGUCCUGCAGACUGCAGACCCUGCGGUCAGUCAGGCCUGGAUCAAGCAAGUGGCUCAGAUCCUGGAAAGCCAGCGGGACUUUCUCAAUGCCCUGCAGUCACCCAUUGAGUACCAGAGACGGGAGAGCCAGACAAACAGCCUGGGACGGCCAGGAGGUCCUGGGGUGGGGAGCCCCGGGAGAAUUCGGCCUGGAGAUCGGGCCCAGGUCAGCACACACACACCCAUCAAUGGCUCUCUUCCCUCCCUGCUGCUGCUUCCCAAAGGGCAGGUGGCCAGAGUCCCCCUGUCCCUGGACACACAGGCCUCCAGUGACAUCCCCCAGGCUCCUCAUGACUCUCCUCCAGUUCCACCAAUUCCAAACGCCCCUCCCUGCCAAGCCAGACUUGCCAAGCUGGAUGAAGAUGAGCUGUAACUGGUGAAGGCCAUGGGGGCGGUGCUGACUCAGCCACUCUGUUCCCCCAGGAGCUUCAGGGCAAUCCUUCUGGCAGCGCCCCAGAAUUCCUCCCUCUUGGUGUAUCUGGAGGGUGGGCAAGGCUGGGAGUGUCAACUUGGAGGAGGGAACCUAGUCUCAGAAAGACUUCUUUCUGCCCAAGGAACACAGGUUCCUUCAGCUCCCACCCCUACGCAUGCAUCACAGGUCCCCCCAAAGGGAGGAAAUGUGGGUGGGUAGGAGGGCUGGGGCAAGGGCCAGACAGAAACUGUUGGUUUUGUUUUUGAUUUUGUUUUUUCUGUUUUUUGAGAAUAAAGGUUUUGUUA